AUGGCUGAACAAAAACAAUCCAAUUUUAUGAUUGAUUUCCUUAUGGGUGGUGUCUCUGCUGCUGUUGCAAAGACUGCUGCUUCCCCUAUUGAAAGAGUUAAGUUAUUAAUCCAAAAUCAAGAUGAAAUGAUUAAGCAAGGUUCUUUGGACAGAAGAUACGACGGUAUUGUCGAAUGUUUCAAGAGAACUGCCAAGAAUGAAGGUAUCGCUGCUUUCUGGAGAGGUAACACUGCCAAUGUUAUCAGAUAUUUCCCAACUCAAGCUUUGAAUUUCGCUUUCAAGGAUAAAAUUAAGGCUUUAUUCGGUUUUAAGAAGGAAGAAGGUUACGCUAAAUGGUUUGCCGGUAACUUAGCUUCUGGUGGUGCCGCUGGUGGUUUGUCUCUAUUAUUUGUCUACUCUUUAGAUUAUGCCAGAACUAGAUUGGCUGCUGAUGCUAAAUCUAGCAAAAAAGGUGGCGAACGUCAAUUCAAUGGUUUAGUCGAUGUUUACAAGAAGACUAUCAAGUCCGAUGGUUUUGCUGGUUUAUAUAGAGGUUUCUUACCAUCUGUUGUUGGUAUUGUUGUCUACAGAGGUCUAUACUUCGGUUUAUACGAUUCUUUGAAACCAGUUGUCUUAACGGGUUCUCUAGAAGGUUCCUUCCUUGCUUCAUUCUUAUUAGGUUGGGUUGUUACUACCGGUGCUUCCACCGCUUCUUACCCAUUAGAUACUAUUAGAAGAAGAAUGAUGAUGACCUCCGGUCAAGCCGUUAAGUACGAUGGUGCCUUCGAUGCUUUCAGAAAGAUUGUCGCCAAGGAAGGUGUUCCUUCUUUAUUCAAGGGUUGUGCUGCUAACAUCUUAAGAGGUGUUGCCGGUGCCGGUGUUAUUUCCAUGUACGAUCAAUUACAAAUGAUCUUAUUCGGUAAGAAGUUCAAAUGA